CCAGCGGAGCUGCUCCAGAGUGACAGUCGUGUUGGGCACAAGCUGCUUGCCCUAGGACACCCAGUCAAAUUGCUUGUCCAGGGGCGUGUCCAGGAACUUGUCAAUCAGAUGGCAGACCAGCACCUGCGUCGCGGCACCCCCUCCUAUCAUGUUAUUGUUGAACAAUGCCACGCCAAACUGUUGUCCCGGCAGGAAGAACACCCCCGCGCCAAAGCCCGGCUGCACGCUGCUGUGCUCAACAACCACCUCGCCACAAUACGAGUGGAUGGUCCAUCCAAGGCCGUAGGUUACCAGGGCUAA